GUGUGCUAUACCUGUUCCCUCCAGCACCAGCUCCUACCCGCAGAAAUGGUACUCCACUCCAAAAGCCGGGAAUGCCUGGCAGUGCCCAGUCAGGAGAGACUGCAGGUCAACAUUCUCAUCCUGGGUGCAGAGAGGGUUGGCAAGUCUGCCCUCACCGUCCGUUUCCUCACCCGGAGAUUCAUCGGGGAAUACGGCGAUAUCGAGACCAUUUACACUCACAACGUGACGAUCGACGGUGCGGAGACUUGCUUUCACAUUUGGGACUGUCUGAACCUCCAGCCGAGUGAGCAGCAGAUGCGCUGGGCCGAUGGGUUUGUCCUGGUCUACAGCAUCCUGGACCGGCAGAGCCUCGAGGUGGCGCGACAGCAGUUGGCGUGGCUCCGGGGCAGUGCCCGGGCCCCCGUGGUGCUGGUGGGCAACAAGAGGGACCUGUGCCACCGGCGAGAGGUACCAGUGGAGGAAGGGCACCUCCUGGCGCUGGGCAGCGGCUGCGCCUUCCUGGAAGUCUCAGCUGCCGAAGGCUACCAUGGGGUCCUGCUGGUCUUCCGCCAGCUGCUGGCCGCGGUGCAGGCGGCCAGAACGGUGCCCAAACGCGCAGCCCGGCUCCGGGGCAUCGUCAGGAGCGUCUCUGCCAUAUUCGGGAGCAAGAGGCGGGUGGACUAACGGAAGAAGAAGGAGCAUGGGGAGGCCACUCAGCCCACCUCUCCGCGAGACUAUCGCAUCUGUUUCUACCCUCCAUCCUCGUCAAUCCCCUCAAUGCCUUGGCCAAUAGGACGGUAAGAAAUUGGGACUGGAGGAAGCCACUCAGCCCACCUCUCUGUCAGACUAUCCCAUCUGUUUCUACCCUCCAUCCUCGUCAAUCCCCUCAACCCCUUGGCCAAUAGGACGGUAUGAAAUGGGGACAGGAGGAAGCCACUCAGCCCACCUGUCAGACUAUCCCAUCUGUUUCUACCCUCCAUCCUCGUCAAUCCCCUCAACCCCUUGGCCAAUAGGACAGUAAGAAAUGGGGACAGGAGGAGGCCACUCAGCCCGCCUCUCCGCCAGACUAUCCCAUCUGUUUCUGACUCCAUCCCCGACAAUCCCUCAACCCCUUGGCCAAUCAGAUGGCAAGAAAUGGCCACAGGAGGAGGCCAUUUGUCCGUCCUCGCUCAGGGCUGAUCUGACAUCCCCUCCCGCCCAAUUCCCUGCCCCUUCCCCCACCCCGGGUCGCUGUGAUUCGAUCCAAACACACGCUCAGGAACGGUUCGGAUUAGAUGGGCCGAGUGCCGGGAGAGGUGGAGGUGAGAGUGGACGGACACUUUGGUCGGCACGGACCCACUCGGACCGAAGGGCCUGUCUCCGUGCUGCCGGACUCCGUCUGCCUCAGGAAGGUUGAAGGAAUUCCGCAUUCUGAGAGAGGUAAUCCCGGAGACCGCACUCCCAGAGCCACCGCUCCCCGUCGAGAAUGGGACUGGGUCAGAUUGGGAUGGCACGGACGAGUUGGACCGAACGGCCAGUUUCCGCGCUGUACGACACACGACAUGACCGCCGAUCCUUGUGGAACUGAAAUGUGAAACUUCCGAACUCGGUUCCCCUCGCAACAAAAUUCUGUGAGCGUUCUGGCUCAGCCACUCAGAACGUGGCUUCCAAACACCAUUCGGCCUUCACCAACCUGCCGCCCAAGGUCAACAAGAUGGACACCUGAGGGACUAUCUGCCCCUUCAGGGGCGGCCGUACAUUGAACUCACUUUGGAGAAGUUAACCCCUUGAACAGCCGACGAAAUUGCGUUGUAGCAAUUGUUGUGGAUAUUGUAAAUGAUGUUCAUUUUGUUACCUGAUGUAAAUCUCUAUUUAAGACGGUAAUCGUUUGUACAGAUUUCUCACGGUGUCAAUGUGUUCUGUAAUUGGCCUGUAAUAA